AAAACCCCUCGAAUAAUUGGACGAGUCUCUGUUUUUUCUUUCUUGUGAGAGAGGUUUGAGUCUGACUCUUCUCUCGACUCGACUCGACUCUCUGUAUCUCUCUCCGCUCUUUGCUUUCUCUGAAUUUUGUACUUUAAUGGCGAACAGCAAUCUACCAAGAAGGAUUAUCAAGGAGACGCAGCGGCUCCUCAGCGAACCAGCCCCUGGAAUCAGUGCGUCUCCAUCAGAAGAUAACAUGCGGUAUUUCAACGUUAUGAUUCUUGGCCCUACACAGUCCCCUUAUGAAGGAGGAGUUUUCAAGUUGGAAUUAUUUUUGCCCGAAGAAUAUCCAAUGGCUGCACCUAAGGUUCGUUUCCUGACCAAAAUAUACCAUCCUAACAUUGACAAGCUUGGAAGGAUAUGCCUUGAUAUACUCAAAGACAAAUGGAGUCCAGCUCUCCAGAUCCGGACGGUAUUGCUGAGCAUUCAGGCACUUCUGAGUGCUCCAAACCCAGAUGAUCCUCUUUCGGAAAACAUUGCAAAGCAUUGGAAGACGAAUGAGGCCGAGGCUGUUGAAACAGCUAAGGAAUGGACCCGUUUGUAUGCGAGUGGUGCAUGAAAACAUGGUGGACACCUUUUCUCGCAAAUUAACAUUCUGUGAUGUAAGUUAACAGUGGUUGUUAUUUUCAAGUGAAAAUGAAAGAAGAAAAAAAUCAUGCCUGAACUAUCAGAAGAUGAAUCCCUUCAAGAUCUUUGGCCACCAGGCUUCACUGAACUAUCUGAAGGUUAAUCCUUUCAAAUUUGUAAUAGUAGAUAAAGAUUGUUGUUCUCUUGCAAUCUUUCUUGAUCUUGUGAUUUGGUUCAAUGCACAAUUCUCUCA